AGCGGAUGCUCAACUGACUCACUCAACUAAAAAAAAAUUAUAUGCAGAGUUGUUCGAGAUAAGUCGAGAACGUUGGUUUGUAUUUGUACGCUUCCUUCAACGAAGUAUCGAUCGCAUUACAUCGCGAAUUAAUAGCUGCGUGCCGUUACAAUUUCAGAUUUAUCAUGCAAAUUUUCGUGAAAACCCUCACUGGGAAAACCAUCACCCUUGAGGUGGAAGCUUCCGACACCAUAGAAAAUGUCAAAGCUAAGAUCCAAGACAAGGAAGGCAUCCCUCCGGAUCAGCAACGUUUGAUUUUUGCUGGAAAGCAAUUGGAAGACGGCAGAACUCUUUCUGACUACAACAUCCAAAAGGAAUCUACGCUUCAUCUGGUACUGCGUCUGCGAGGAGGAAUGCAGAUUUUCGUGAAGACUCUCACUGGCAAAACGAUUACCCUCGAAGUCGAAGCUUCAGACACAAUAGAAAAUGUAAAGGCCAAGAUUCAGGACAAAGAGGGAAUUCCUCCGGAUCAGCAACGUUUGAUUUUCGCUGGAAAGCAAUUGGAAGACGGCAGAACUCUUUCUGACUACAACAUCCAGAAGGAAUCUACGCUUCAUCUGGUACUGCGUCUGCGAGGAGGAAUGCAGAUCUUCGUGAAGACUCUCACUGGCAAAACUAUCACUCUUGAAGUUGAAGCUUCAGAUACAAUAGAAAACGUAAAGGCCAAGAUUCAGGACAAAGAGGGAAUUCCUCCAGAUCAGCAGCGUCUAAUUUUUGCUGGCAAACAGCUUGAAGAUGGCAGGACUCUUUCCGACUAUAACAUCCAGAAGGAAUCUACGCUUCAUUUGGUUCUGCGUCUUCGCGGAGGCAUGCAGAUUUUCGUGAAGACUCUCACUGGUAAAACGAUUACCCUUGAAGUCGAAGCUUCAGACACAAUAGAAAAUGUAAAGGCCAAGAUUCAGGACAAAGAGGGAAUUCCUCCGGAUCAGCAACGUUUGAUUUUCGCUGGAAAGCAAUUGGAAGACGGCAGAACUCUUUCUGACUACAACAUCCAGAAGGAAUCUACGCUUCAUCUGGUACUGCGUCUGCGAGGAGGAAUGCAGAUCUUCGUGAAGACUCUCACUGGCAAAACUAUCACUCUUGAAGUUGAAGCUUCAGAUACAAUAGAAAACGUAAAGGCCAAGAUUCAGGACAAAGAGGGAAUUCCCCCGGAUCAACAGCGUCUAAUUUUUGCUGGCAAACAACUUGAAGAUGGCAGGACUCUUUCUGAUUAUAACAUCCAGAAGGAAUCUACGCUUCAUUUGGUACUGCGUCUGCGAGGAGGAAUGCAGAUCUUCGUGAAGACUCUCACUGGCAAAACUAUCACUCUUGAAGUUGAAGCUUCAGAUACAAUAGAAAACGUAAAGGCCAAGAUUCAGGACAAAGAGGGAAUUCCCCCGGAUCAACAGCGUCUAAUUUUUGCUGGCAAACAACUUGAAGAUGGCAGGACUCUUUCUGAUUAUAACAUCCAGAAGGAAUCUACGCUUCAUCUGGUUUUGCGUCUUCGCGGAGGCAUGCAGAUCUUCGUAAAAACUCUCACUGGUAAAACUAUCACCCUCGAAGUUGAAGCUUCAGACACUAUAGAGAAUGUCAAAGCUAAGAUCCAAGACAAAGAAGGCAUUCCUCCAGAUCAGCAGCGUCUAAUUUUUGCUGGCAAACAACUUGAAGAUGGCAGAACUCUUUCCGACUAUAACAUCCAGAAGGAAUCUACGCUUCAUCUGGUUCUGCGUCUUCGCGGAGGCAUGCAGAUCUUCGUAAAAACUCUCACCGGUAAAACUAUCACUCUUGAAGUUGAAGCUUCGGAUACAAUAGAAAACGUAAAGGCCAAGAUUCAGGACAAAGAGGGAAUUCCCCCGGAUCAACAGCGUCUAAUUUUUGCUGGCAAACAACUUGAAGAUGGCAGGACUCUUUCCGACUAUAACAUCCAGAAGGAAUCUACGCUUCAUCUGGUUCUGCGUCUUCGCGGAGGCAUGCAGAUUUUCGUAAAAACUCUCACCGGUAAAACUAUCACCCUUGAAGUUGAAGCUUCGGAUACUAUAGAGAACGUGAAAGCUAAAAUCCAGGACAAAGAGGGAAUUCCCCCGGAUCAACAGCGUCUAAUUUUCGCUGGCAAACAGCUUGAAGAUGGCAGGACUCUUUCAGAUUACAACAUCCAAAAGGAAUCAACACUCCACUUAGUUUUGCGACUUCGCGGAGGCGCGCUUCUGUGAGUUGGAAGUCUGUAGAAAGAUCCGUUAGUCGUAAACUAGUAUCAGUCGUAACAAAGUAGCAUUUAUUAUACUUUUUUAUUUAUGCUUUAUUUUUCUUGCGUUUAUUCAUAAUAAUUUUAAAUAUACGUGUCAGAAAGUGAGAAUACACCAAGAAUGUAAGAAAUUGUAAUCCAAAUAUACAAAUGGUCGCAUUCUUGUGAAAUAAAUGUUGCAAUCAUAA